AUGAUCAAGAACAAAAAAGGCAAGGGCAAACAAGUCGUCGACAUCAAACUUGUACCCGAGGAUCAACGCAUCUUUCAGGGCCUUCACUUUUAUUUCUUCCCGAACAGCGAUACGCAUCCUGGCCGCAGACAGAGAAUCGUCAAGGCUAUUGAGUACGGCGCAUCAUGGCAGGACAAGUUCAACGACACUGUCACACACAUCAUUGUUGAUCGCGACUACGACUUUGAGCAACUCCUAAAAUAUCUCAAGCUGAAAGAACUACCGGCUGGCAUCGUAGUCGUCAACGAGAACUACACAGCAACAUGUAUGGAUUUCUACAAGUUAGUGGACACGUCGACCAUCGAGUUCAGAGUCAAGGGCUAUGAGCCACCAGCCUCUUCGGCGACAAUCGCUCAACCAAAUCCUUCUCAAGCGUCCGAAGUGUCACUGCAACUCAAGCCUGUGAAAAGAAAGGCCGUGGUUCUUUCGUCGCAGGUGACGUCCGAAGCGAGCCUGAAUCUGGUAUCUUCUUCUGCUGCAUCACUCUCGAACUCUCCUGCGCCUGGUGUUCUGGAUCCGCAGCAAGUUCCCAACAAGGACGAGGAUGAACUCGACACGGCUAUUAGGCAGGCCAAAGAGUCACACCCCCUUGCUUCUGACGAUGAGGACGACGUCGAAGGUCAUAAGAGACGCAAGACAAACAAUUGGCAAGAUAAGUUUCAAUGCAUGCACAAACACACCGGCAAGAGCGGCGAUCAAGGACCAAAUGCCCACACACUGGUGGUCUUGCAGGAGCUGGCUGAUCACUAUGAUCAAAUUCGCGAUCAAUGGCGGUGCAAAUCGUACCGUCAGGCCAUAUCUGCCUUGAGGAAACAAACGACCAAGAUCAGUACUAAAGAAGCGGCAAUGCGGGUCUACGGUAUCGGCAGCUCGAUCGCAGAGAAGAUCGAGGAAAUUGUUAGAACCACUCACCUCCGCAAACUUGACUUCGCAAAGCUGGAUGAGCGCCAGCAGAUUCUCAACAGGUUCAUGAAGAUAUAUGGCGUAGGCCUUCAUGCAGCGGAGAAUUUUGCGAGUGCAGGCUACAAGACCAUCGACGACUUACUCCAGAAGGCCGAAUUGACGGACAACCAGCGUAUUGGUAUUGACCAUUACGAUGACUUCAACAGUCGCGUGCCUCGCGCUGAGGUUGAGAAACACGCUGGCAUCGUCAAAAAAGCACUCAAAGGGUUGGGAAAAAAUUACAUAGUCAACACCAUGGGUUCUUACCGUCGCGGAGCCCAAGACUCUGGUGACAUCGAUCUGCUCAUCACAAAACCUGGCGCUUCGAUCGAUGAGAUCCGCACGACGGUUAUGGACCGCCUUGUACCACUACUCACCAAGCACAAGUUUCUCGUUGCAGCGCUUGCUCAAACAUCACAGGCAGAUGGCACUAAAUGGCACGGGGCCUCUUGUCUACCUGAUAGCAGCACCUGGCGCCGCAUUGACCUCCUGCUUGUGCCUGAAGAAGAGCUGGGCGCGGCUCUUCUCUACUUUACGGGCAACGACAUCUUCAACCGCAGUAUGAGGCUGCUAGCUAGCAAGAAGGGCAUGCGUCUGAAUCAGCGUGGUCUCUACAAAGAUGUGCUGAGGGACUAUGGCAGAGAGAAGCUGAGUGAGGGUACCCUUGUGGAAGGCAAAGAUGAGCGAAAGAUCUUUGAAGCAUUAGGCGUACCUUGGAGGCCACCCGAGCACAGAAUCUGUUAA